UGAAGUUGUUAACUAUACCUAAGUUUGUUUUAAUCCCUGCUUUGGGUAUGAAGUUGUUAACUUUAGUGGUAGUGUUGAAUUAAAUAGUUCUAGUGGCAGCAUUAAUUUCAGCAGCAUUAAAUUAGUAUUGGAGCUACCAAUGGCAGAUGUCACAAAUUGAAGUUUAGGUGCUGAUAUGUAAAUGUAUAAGAAUUGAGUGGUUUGUACGUAUAUAUUUCUUCUAAAUUUGACCACACCAGAGCUAGCUAGUAGGGAGAAAACAUUCUUUUUCUAUCUACACUUUCUUUGAUAAAAUCAGUGUGAAAUUCCUUUCAUCUUUUUUGAAAUAAAUUUAUGUAAAUCAAUUUUUUGGUCAUAACAAUUACAUGUUUUUCUCUUACCAGAGAAUUCAAGGCCGCCGACUGAAACCUUUCAACUGAUAGAGGUAUGAGGAACUCCAUUAAUGACCUUAAGAUAGAGAUUUCUGUGAUUUUUACAUUGUUUGCUGUAAUUAUGAUGCCUUAUUGGUACUUUAACUCAUUCAAUUUGUUCAUGUUUAAUUGGUAGAAAAUUAGAUAAUAUGUUAUAUGACAGGUCAUACUCACUGCUGUUUAUUCCCUGCUGUUGAAUCAUGUCUAAAGUGGUUGAGGGGGGCCAGUCCGCAAUGUGGGACAAAGAGGUUACAAAUAUUUUCUGUGAUUUGUGUAUUAAAGAAAUAGAGCUGGGUAACAGACCAACAACGUAUUUUAAUAAGGAAGGGUGGAAUAGCAUUGGCAAGAGAUUUAAAGAACUGACUGGUAGGGAUUACGACCGCCUUAAAUUUAAAAACAAAUGGGACCAGCUGAAGAAGGAAUGGAAAAUAUGGAAGGAGUUGAAGCGUGGAUCUACCGGUCUGGGUUGGGAUCCGAUUAAAAGGACAAUUGAUGCUCCAGCUGAAUGGUGGGCUGAAAAACUAGAGGCAGUACCGGCAGCGAAGAAGUACAAACAGUGUGGAAUAGAGCCGGAAUUUGAAGCGAAAUUGGACAUAAUGUUUAGAUGGGUUGUCGCAACAGGAAAGUUUUCAUACAACCCAAUUGAAAGCGGUUUUACAGGGAUACCAGAUGAGAUCACACCUGAUCCAGUGACACCCGAUGAAGAAGUUCAAAGCAUUAACCAGAGGGAUAUGGGGGAGUCCAGUACAAUUUUAAAGAGGCCAAGGAUUGCUAAGAAAAAUAAAGAGAAAGAACAUGCUGUGAACACCGCCUUCGACCGUUUAAUUGAAGCUUUUGCAGCUCCACCAAUAUCUGAAGAUAGCAUAUUAGACUGUCUGAGGCUUUUGGGCACUAUUCCUGAAGUUGUGGCCAACAAACGAUUUCAUGCACAGUGUGUGAAAAAACUGGAGGAUUCAACGCGAAUGAAAAUUUUCUUGGCACUUGCGCCUGAAUUGCGACUGGAAUACUUGCGGGUUUUGGUAGAGGAGUGAUUAUUUUUAUUGGUAUAUGUAUUUGGUGGACAAAUAUGAUCUUUCUAGUUCAGAGACUUCUACUUAUGUAGUUUUUUAUUUUUAUGUUUAGAACUUCUAAUCAUGUUGUUUUUUCAUGUAGUUGUAUCGUCUACAUAUGUACCUGCCAGUAGUUAAUGUUUUAUUUUUAAGUUGCGUAUUAUAUGUUUUGAAUUUGUACAAUAAAUAUUUGGUAGUGCUGCAGAACUAUAUUAUCAUGCACUAAUUCUAUUUACAUCUUAUAUUAUUUAGGAUGGACCCACAACGUGCGCGUCGUAGGAGAAUGGCAUUUGCUACAGCCGUUGCAAUAUUGUUGUUGGAUUAUUACCGGAGUAGAACUCCUCGCAUUCCCCGCAUGACAUCCAGCUUUGUUGGAGAUAGAUGGGUUGGUGAAAUGCUUUCUGGCCAUCCAAUAAGGUUUACAAAUAUUUUCAGAAUGACAGCACCAAUUUUUAUGGAUCUUUUGCACGAGUUAUGCCUAAAUCACGGCC